GCUCUGGAGCCCGAGUUGACCUGAAUGCAGCAUAUGUAGUUCGCAGACUGUACUUUGACUCGGAAACACUCGGAAACACUCGGGACGGGACGAGGAUGCAGCGGGACAAAACAAGCAACACCGGCGGGGCUGAAAAGCCCGACCGGGAGGCCGCCAUAAUGUCCAAAUACUACGACGGAGUGGAGUUUCCUUUCUGCGACGAGUUCUCCAAGUAUGAAAAAAUGGCCAAGAUAGGACAGGGGACGUUUGGAGAAGUGUUCAAAGCAAAGCACAGGCAGACCGGCAAGAAGGUCGCAUUGAAGAAAGUGCUGAUGGAAAAUGAGAAAGAAGGGUUCCCGAUCACCGCUCUGAGAGAGAUCAAGAUCCUGCAGCUGCUCAAACACGAGAACGUGGUGAAUCUGAUCGAGAUCUGCAGAACCAAAGCUACUCAGUUCAACAGAUACAAAGGCAGCAUCUAUCUGGUGUUUGACUUCUGCGAACACGACCUGGCGGGGCUGCUGAGCAACGCCAACGUGAAGUUCACCCUAGCAGAGAUCAAGAAGGUGAUGCAGAUGCUGCUCAAUGGAUUGUACUACAUCCACAGAAACAAGAUUCUUCACAGAGACAUGAAGGCAGCUAACGUGCUCAUCACCAGAGACGGUGUCCUGAAGCUGGCUGACUUUGGUUUGGCUCGGGCCUUCAGCCUGGCUAAAAACAGUCAGGGCAACCGCUACACCAACCGCGUGGUCACGCUGUGGUACAGACCUCCAGAGCUGCUGCUGGGUGAGAGAGACUACGGCCCACCCAUUGACCUGUGGGGAGGAGGCUGCAUCAUGGCAGAGAUGUGGACCAGAAGUCCUAUAAUGCAAGGCAACACUGAGCAGCACCAGCUCACACUCAUCAGCCAGCUCUGUGGCUCCAUCACUGCUGAGGUGUGGCCCGGUGUGGAUAAGUAUGAGCUCUACCAGAAAAUGGAGCUGCCUAAAGGCCAGAAGAGGAAAGUGAAGGACCGUCUGAAAGCUUACGUCAAAGAUCCGUACGCCCUGGAUCUCAUUGAUAAGCUUCUCGUCCUGGACCCAGCACAGCGCAUAGACAGCGAUGACGCACUCAACCAUGACUUCUUCUGGUCUGACCCCAUGCCGUCAGACCUGAAGAACAUGCUCUCCACCCACAACACCUCCAUGUUUGAAUAUCUGGCCCCACCCAGACGGAGAGGCCACAUGCCACAGCAGCAGCCCAAUCAGAACAGAAACCCAGCCACCACCAGCCAGACGGAGUUCGAUCGAGUGUUUUAGUGGCUGGAGAAGUUCAUGGACAAGUCGUUUAAAUGUUUCCAGCCGGCCUGAUACUGAGGAAAGCUUCACAUUCCUUCUUGGGUUGAGGUUUGGCGGACGUUUCCUGGAGGUUGUUCUUAACAGCAGGGUUCGCAGGUUCUCUGUGUCGACCAGGGACAAGACUGUAACGUUCAAAGAUAUGCAGAGCCCUUUGUACUGUAAGCCAAGUUAUUAUGUUCCAACUAUUAUGUUCCAGUUUUUUCUCACAUGAUAAUGAACAGAUGGAUGUUGAACUCUGUGGACACAGUUUGUGUGUUCACACGGCUCCUGUUUUUGCAAUUGUGUGGCAGAUUAGUUUGUUUUUUACAUUCACACACUCGUUUAAUCAUUGUUUGUACAAAACUCUUUACAGGCUGUGCAGUAUUUUCAGGUUUUUAUUUAUGAUAAGAAAGAAAGGAACUUUUUAUUUAAACCAUUUUACAAGAACGCAGCUCAUGUUCCUGAACACACUCAAAAUAAAUGUUAUUUUCCAACA